AUGUCGUCGACGAACAACACAUCGAUACCUUCCGGAGACCAGAAGUCGAAAAAGAAAAAGAAGUCCAAGAAGAAGGGCACCGCGCAAUCCGCAACCGCAGAUGUCCCCUCCACCCCUACCGAGACCAAUGACACCCAAAAUGGGCCCGAUGAUGACGAUGAAGAUGGGGAACACGACGAUAGGGAUCCAGCCUCACCGGUGAAAGAAGAGCCGCCGGAUGCAGGACCACCAGACACAAUGACAACCGUAACGAACGGAGUAAAAGACCUCGCCGUCGAGAGUGACAAAGACGAUGCAGCGGCGCGCUUCGACGCUCUUGUCAAGGACCGUGACGCUCUGCGACAAGAAGUCACGCAGCUGCGACAGUCGCUCGAGGAGCUCCAGGCGAAGCACAACUCGGAAAUUGAAGCGGUUCAGGGCGAGCUCGCAGACACACAGGCGGAGAAAGAGAACGCAGAGGAGCAAUACCAAUCGCUACUUGGAAAGGUGAACACAAUACGCUCUCAGCUAGGCGAGAGGCUGAAGGCCGAUGCAGAAGAUCUAGCCCAAGCACGCACACGAAUCGAAGAACUUGAAGAACAAAAGUCCGAACUACAAGAACGCUACACAGCCCGCUCCGCUGAAGUCGAGGAACUAACUGCCCAGACGAAAGACCUCACGCAGAAACACGCGGAACAAGCCAAAGAACUCUCCAGCUUACGCAACCGCCUGACGCUCUCACAGCAGAAUUGGCUCAAGGAGAAAGAGGAACUCGUCGAGUCGGAAGCCUACAUCCGGGACGAAUUUGAAAACGCAAAGCAGGCGAUGCACGACUGGGAAGUGUUGGCCAUGGAAGAACGCACCAUCCGGAAAGACCUGACAGACCGCAACGCCGACCUGGAAGAACAACUUGCUUCUCUGAAGGAGGCGUAUGAAAAGGUCGUGAGCGAGAGAGACACGCACUCAUCAACGGUUGACGGCCUCCAACGAGCCCUCCAGGAGAUUCAGACCGUGCGGAAACAGGAACUCAAGGAACUGGUCGAGACGAAUCAAUCCGAACAGGCAGCGUUGCGGAAACAGCUGCAAGACCUGCAGGCGACGCACGAAUCCACCGUCUCAGAACUCGAACACACGAAGAAAGACCUCGAACGCGCCCUCCCGUUCGAGAAGGAAGUUAAAGAGAAGAAUCUCCUGAUCGGCAAAUUACGGCACGAAGCAGUCAUCCUCAACGACCACCUCACGAAAGCACUACGAUUCCUCAAGAAAGGGAAGCCAGAGGACAAUGUCGACAGGUAUGUGUCUUCCUUGACUUCUCUACGCUUCUCCGUCUUAUCCCCGAACUGCCCUGCCUCGAGAGAUUGGCAGAUUCUCCAACAACACCCGGCUACACUUGCUGUCUUGCUCCUCCGCAUAUGA